UGCCAGAACAGUUGGGCUGUGGCCCUAAUUCCCAGAAAGCUCCUCGUGUGGGAGUGGAUGUCCUCCCGUGCCCUCGGCUCCGCUGCAGCUCCCAGCCUCCUGAAGCUUUGACGUUGUUCAGCACCGGGUGCAGAUGAGCACCAGCUUUCUCGUCCAUCUCAGCCGGGGCUCAGCGGGGGGAAGGGGAAGGAAGAGCACUCUUCCUCUGCCCCCCACCCCUUCUUGUUCUCCUCCUUCCUCCCUUCUUCAUCACCUUCACCUCAGGCUCACUCUUUCUCAAAGAGGCGCAGGGACAAGCAGAACUUGGGCUCAGCCACCUCGUUCCCGCUUGUAGCUUUCCCCAAACCCGCCUGGAGAGACGUCCAGUCCCAGGGACAACCCAGAGGCUUGCGGUUCAAUGGGCCAAGAUAUGCAGCUCGGGAGCUCAGAGAAGCACGUCCAGGGACCCGCUCGUACUGCUUUCCGCCUCCUCCAGAUCCCGGAGCCCGAUCCCUUCAGUCUGUGGAUGUAAAGCCUUCCCCUUGACCUUCCCUAUCUCUUGAAGACGCCGCCCUGUGCUGGGGCAGUGGCGAGCCCCCCUCCGUGAUCCUUCAGCCUCCGGGUGAUGGAGCAUCGCAUCCCACCAGCUGGGAUGUGACUGAGGGGACCCUACGCCCCAGAGCACGGCACGCACCACAUGAGGGCCAGCAGGCCAUGGAGAGUGCAGCAGAAAGCAGUGAGGCCAUACCAAGGCGGAGGAAACCUCAGGAAGGAGGCCGAGACCCCUGGGUGAUGGAGAGCAGUGAGGCAGGGGCCGGGCAUCGGAGCACUGAGCUGGAGAUCCCUGCCCAGAGCUACCAGGACGGGGUGACGCCCGGGCUGGACACAGCAGCACCCCCUGAGAAGGCCUCACUCUGGGGGGACUCCGAGAAGGCAAAGGAUUUCUCCCUGGGUCUGAGACGGGGCUGCAACACCCCCAGAAUGGCACCGGGGUCCCCGUACCCUGCUGGCACCGACAGGAACUUCUCCCAGCCCAGGGAGGACAGGCUGGAGGGGCUGCCACGCCAGCCCCAAAGGAGGCCGGCCCCAAAGGAGGCAGCUGAUUUCCAGCCCAGGAACGGGGAGGCAAAGCCUGGCUGGGUGGAGCGGAGCCAAGCGGAGUCUGGCCCCACAUGGGCGGAGGCCGUGCUGGCCAGCCAGAUGGCCCUGUACAGCCCCACUUACCCCUGCUAUUCCCUGCCCUUCCCUAUGCUGGAGAGCCCCACCAAGCCUGAGCAAGAUGCCCUCCAUGCCCCCAGCCCCCCAGCAGAUGGGCUGCGUGACCACCCUGCCUUCCACCGCCUGCACAUGCACUGCCCCUUCCUAAUUGAGGCCACGCUGGCAGAGAGAAAUCUCUUCCUGGUGUCUUCCCUGGCAGCGACCAGCACUCCGGCAGAAUCUGCCCAUGGGAACAGCUUGGCCCACCAGCCCCAGGAUGGCCCCUCUGCCCGGGGAGAGGCCUGCUACGCUGCCGCGGACUGGCCCCUGGCAUCCUACCCGUCCCCCUGGAGCCCCUCUCUCUACCUGGCACCCCACCCACGAGCAAAGCCGUUGUCUGCUUUUGAGACCUGCUCCAAUGCCCCGGACGAGGAGUUUUACCCUAAGAAGGAUCCUCACGUGGCAAAAGACUGGGCCUCCCCGCCUAAACAUACACAGCCACGGCGGCUUGGGCAGCACGAGGCAGGGUGGGGGCGACGAGAGGGGGAGAGCGAGCUGGACUCAUCAGAUGCAGAGCUGGUGCCGGUGCCACUGUGGAAAGUGGGCCAGCGGGAAGGGAGUCCAGCAGCCCCACCGCCAUCCAGCGACCCCCCACUUCUUGAUGGCUGGAGCCCAAGCAGCCCAGCGCUGCUCUACCUGAAGCCCGGUGCAGAAGGGCAUUCAGGGAGCUCAUGGCCCAGCAGGCCCCCAGCUCUGGAUGAGCCUCUCCAGAAGCCAGGGGUCAGACCUGAAGAGUCCAAAGACGACAGCCUCACCUACCAAAGCUUGAUGCCCAGGUGCCCUGCAGGCCUGCCUGACUCUCGGAGAUCUCACUCCCAGAACGCUGCCUGCCAACGCUCCUCUCCGGACUGCAGCCCUCAGGACCUCAGGAGAUGCCAGGGGACAGGCUGCAGUCCCCUCGGCCCCUUUGGUGCUAGGCUGGAGGGACUGGGGCUGUAUGAAGAGGCAGAAGGGGGCCAGGGCAACAAAGUGGGCAAGCUUUCUGCCCUGGUGUCCUGCCCGCCCAGCAGCCACCACACCAAGCUGAAGAAGACCUGGCUGACCCGGCACUCAGAGCAAGAUGGGGACCUCGCUGCCUGCCUCGGGGACACAGGGGCCAGCAGUCGGACCAAAGAGGGUGUGCCUCCACGGUGCCCGGUUUUAAAGAGGGAGGUGCAGGAUGGCAGCAGCGAAGCAGACCGGCCUGGCAAGCAGGCAGCCAAGCGGACACACGGCCACAUUGCCAGGGAGGGGGAUCGGAGCCCCUGUGACAGUGAGGGUGACUUCUCAGCCAAGCGGAGUUGCAAGCCUGCAGAAGAGACUAUGAUCAGUGCUGCCGGGGCUGGCGGGUUGCUGAGCUGCAAUGGUGGGCAUGCCAGCAGGCAGGCAGAGAAGCCCUACCUCCAGAGCGUGCCAUGCACGGCCCUGCCCAACAGCAUCAGAAGGUGCUGCGGAUGCACUGCCCAGAGCAGGGAUGGUGCCCUGCCCCAUAAGGAGAAGGAAGAGCUGGCAGGGACAGGCUGCAGGCUUUUGCAUUUCCGGAGGUUGGCCAUCGGUGACCACGGGGAGCUGAGCACAGACGGGUUCUCCAUGCUGGACGAGGCGGAGGGCGAGAGCUUGCACCUGGGGGUCUCUGGCAGAGAGAGACGGGGCAGGGAUGUGAGCACCAGUCUCAGCCUAGCCAAGUAUUUGCUCUCUGUCCUGGGGGAUCAGUUCUGCAAGGCUGUCAGGAAAGACCAAGAGGCCUGGCUGGAAGCACAAGGGGGAAACAAAGGGGUGGCUGCCUGGCGGCGAGGGGCAGGGGCCCCACAGGCCUGUGACGCCUGUCGGCGCAGCCUCUUCAGCACCCACUGGAGCUGCCCCAGCUGCGGGUUCCAGCUGUGCUCCACAUGCUGCCGGACCCAGAGGGAGCAAACCAGCCCAGGGCAGGCAGAGGACUCCAUGCAGCCAGCUGAGUGCAUCCAGGGGCAGGAUCAUGAUACCCUGUCCCUGGUCCCUUCACAGUUCAUCCCACCCCACGUCCUGGCCGAGCUGUGGAAGCUGAUGCAUGAGGUUCGGGAUAGGUUUGACAUCAGUGCACGCUGCCCCUGCAGACUGAGCAACCUGAGCAAGACCCCAGCAGUCACCGCAGGGAACAGGCAGAAGAUGGGGAGUGCGGCGCCUUCCCUGAAGCUUACCAGCAACGGAGAUGCAGAUGGAGCGAGGGCUGUCAAGGAAGAAAGCCCAGACCCUGGGUACCAGCAGCCCAGCACUCCCAGCCCCAAAGGGGCUGUGCAGACCUCCACCCUCUGCGACCUCCUCACCUCCACGGCUGUCAAGCUGUGCCUGGGGCAGAACGGUGUCCGCAUGGCUUUUGCGCCUGUCUCGCCUGCCCUGCCCAGCGACAACCGCAUUACCAACAUCUUGGACAGCAUCAUUGCCCAGGUGGUGGAGAGGAAGAUCCAGGAGAAGCACCCUGGCAGCACGCAGGGCAGCCCCCGCUCCCUGGAGCCCCAGGUCUCCCACUGCCUCCUGGCCCCUGGCGGGCUCCUCUGGCUGCAGGAUCCAAACCACUCCAAGAACUACAAGCUCUUCCAGGAGCACUGGAGGCAGGGCCAGCCCGUCCUGGUUUCAGGGCUGCAAAAGAUGCUGGACGGGAAGCUGUGGGGGCCAGAGUCAUUCUGUCGAGAGCGUGGGGAGCAGGAGGGGCGGGUGCUGGACCUACGAGCCCCAGCUGGCUGUGCCCAGAUCAGCAGCAAGGACUUCUGGGACGGCUUCGCCUCCAGUGCCACCUGCCUGGACCCCGAGCACAGUGAAGGCAGCCUGCUCAGGCUGGACAGCAGCCUUGGGGACAUGGAGCCAUGCAGGGCGGAGACCCUCCACGCCAGUUGGCCAUUGCUGGAGUAUUGUGGGCCUGAUGGGAUGCUGAACCUUGUCUCCUACCUUCCUGACAGCCAAGGCAGGCUGUGGCUGAGGCCCCGGCUCUGUGCUGCCUAUGGUGCGAUGCCUGGGGACAGGGCUGUUGGGACCAAGAACCUGACUGUUCAGGCAACCGAUUCCAUCCACGUCUUGGUGCACGUCGGUGCGGCCCCACCGGACUGGCCUGCUGCCCGCCAGGAGAUUCUCCUGCGGGUGGAGGAGGAUGGUCUGGAUGGCACUCUCAAGGAGCGGCUCUGGGACACAAGCCUCCAGCCCGGAGCCCUGUGGCACAUCUUCCGAGCGGAGGAUGCCGACUGCAUCAGGGGCUUCCUGCGGGAGCAGGUGGGUGAAGACCUAGAGGAGGCUGGUGAGGGCCAGCUGGACCCAAACAGCCCCCUCCGGAGCUGCUACUUGGGCCCUUCCCUGAGGAGAAAGCUGCGCGAGGAGUAUGGCGUGAGCAGCUGGACCCUGCUCCAAUUCCUUGGGGAUGCAGUGCUGGUGCCGGCAGGGGCUCCACACCAGGUGCAAAGCCUCAGCAGCACCAUCACUGUGGAGCAGAGAUUUCUCUCGCCAGAGAACACAGCCCGCUCAGCUCAGCUGGCAGCCUGGACCACGGACCCUGCUGGCACCGUGCAGAGGCUCCACACGCAGAUGGACAGCAUGGUUUACUGCGCUGUGAGGGAGGCUGUGGGGACCCUGCAGGGCUACAACUAGGAGCCUGGGGAGAGGGAGGGCUGGCUUAGCCCAGUGCCUCGACAUCUGGCAAGCAGAACUGGAGAGAAGCAGGCAGUGGCACAGGGAGCUCCUGCUCAGCAUGGGGGAUGGAUGCCUGUGUGACCAAGGCACAGGGCCCAGCGAUGGAGAAGACAGAGGCUGAAUGGAACAGAGGCUGAAGCAAGGUCCAGGCAGCUGCUUGUGGAGGCCUGGGUAGCACAGAGCUCUGGGCUAGGCACCUGCUGUGAGAAACAGCAUGUGGAAAGCAAAGAGCCCACCCAUGAGACCGUCCUCUCCUGCAACGUGACCCCCUGCCCUCGAGCCUCUCCUGUCCUUUGCUGCCCAGCACCAGCCAGGGCUCCCAGGCACAGCCCCAGCCCCAAGAUUCACUCUGCAACCCAGGAUGUCAUGCCUGGUGCUGCUGCGAUGGCAUCCCUCCCAUGGCAAAAGCAUUGCACCGUGGUGUGGGCUCAGCAGGGGAAGGGACCUGGCUGCAGAUCUAUAUCCGUGGGACCCCCCUGGGGGAGAUGGGGCUGGGGUCUUGCGGGAUGGGCAUGGGCUGAGGGGCAGGUGAGCUCUGGAAAUAAAUGUCUGGAGACGAGUCUUGGAGGAGA